ACCCUAGCCCCUGAACUCACUACUUCUCCUUCAGUUUCAAAGCUCCCGUCUUUUUCUUUCUGCUUUCCAAAGCUAGGGUUUUUUCAACAUCGGAUUGAUCAAUGGCAAUGCUGCCGAGAUCGAUGAAGCAGAGUUCGGAGAGCACGUACGGCUGUGAUGAAGUGGCCAGCGCGCUUCUCGACGAGAUCGAUGAGGAGAGCCACACCGUUCGAGAGGUGCUCAGGAUCAAGAGGCUUCUUGAUGCUCGCCACGAACACUCUGAGAACCUUCUAUUUGAGUCAUUAAGGCUGCUGCAGUUGAUGGAGCUCCCUGCACAUAUCAUCAAAGCCACAAACAUUGCCACUUCGGUAAAUUGCUUUUUAAAAGAUACCAGCGAGAGAAUCAGAAAAUUCGCCCAUCUUCUCGUUACGGGAUGGGAGUUUCUUCUGAAUAAAUGGAUGGCCGAUACCCGAGCAACCUUCGAUUUAUAUUCAGCUAGAGAGGAGGAGCUUCCAUUUGAUAUUGGUGAUCUAAUUGCUUCACAGACUUCGACGUUUGACCUCACAAAUUUCUUCGAUGGAAUGAUUGAUGAAGGGUCCCCUAGCAGAAGAGAGCAAAAGAGAACCGGGAAGAACAUUGAAGUACUGAAAAGAUCCAUUCACAAGCCUCAGGGGACUUUCAUCAUGAGUUACAGAGAUGAGCUACCAAGUGAAACCGAAAGUUGUCUAAAGGUCUUACCGAAGAGUGGGGAGAAAGCUGGGGGAACUAUUCAGUUGAAAACAGUGAAAAAUUCCAUCACGAAGCCUCAGGUAACUUCAAAACCAGGAGGAAAUCCAGCUUCAACAGAACCAGCAAAGUCAGUUCUCCUAAAGAGAAGCACUGACAAACUGAGCCGCAACUUGAAGCCAAUACAAGUCUGUAAAAGGGCUUCACCAAAGAUUUUGCCUCGUGUCACUGGCAAACCUGAGGGCCUGACGUAUAAGGAGAAGCUCGAGAUUUCAAAGAGGAAGCUGCGAGAAAACUAUGAGGAUGCUGAAAAUGUAAAAAAGAAGCGCAGGGUCGUGAUGAUAGACCUGAAGAGUAUACCAAUGCAGCGACAUAAACAAGAGAGGCAUAAGAGGAAUCGAGGGUGUCAUAUUAAUAAAUUUGCAACAACGUUGCCAAAACAUAAUCAUGUUUCUUUCGCUUGGUAGACAGGACAAGGUGAUAGAUUCAGCAGAAGCAGAAGUCAGCAUAUGCACUCUUGCAAACAACAAGAGAAGUCGGUCUAAAUGCUCAGA